AUGUGCACAGCGAGUUCCACAAUAUCAGAAUCAGAUGUUGCUCUUUUAGAGUGUAUUCGCCAGCAUCUUCUCAACGACGACGACUUUGAAACCCUAGCGAAAAUCGCUGAAAAUGUUCAAUUUCAUUUGCCAGUCUCAAGUUCCAACACAUUUCCGUCGUUGGAGACAACUAUGUCCUUCGAAGCAAAUGACGGCGACGUGGACAUCCAUCACGAUCCUCUGAAAGAUGCUGUGGGAUUCGAAUCAGCCAGCUCGUUGAAUCAGCAACCGGUUGUGGAUCGUGGACACGUCGAAGCAAAUGAGGCUAUGCCUGCGGUGGUGCACGAAUAUGAUGCCCGGCCUGGAGGGUGUGUAUACCGGGGAGUGAGGAGGUGGCCAUCGGGGAAGUAUGCGGCGGAGAUUCGGGACCCAAAGAAGAAUGGUGCAAGGAGAUGGCUCGGGACUUACAAGACGCCACAGGAGGAGGCUGCGUUGGCUUAUGACCGGCCCGUUCGCGAUGCGUGGGACCAAGGCCAGGCUAAAUUUCCCUCACUUGAUUGA